AUGGUUUCUACUUGGGUAAGGGGCAAGUGCAUCGGUAAAGGCGCGUUUGCCACAGUCAGCGUCGCGCUUCGCAAACUUGACGCUCAAACGCAAAUUUUCGCGGUUAAGUCCGUGGAUAUCAAAACGGGUCUCCCGGGUCAGCUCGAGGCGUUGGAGAACGAGAUUCGGAUCCUCCAGCUCAUGUCCUCGCCGCACGUCGUAACCUUUCUCGGCGAAGACACCACGUGCGACAAGCGGAACCUUCACAUGGAGUACAUGCCAGGGGACACUAUCGCUGACCUGGACGCCGACUUAGACGAGCAUUUAGUGAGACAGUACACGUGGUGCUUGGUGAGCGCUCUGAAGCACGUGCACGCAAACGGCGUCGUUCACUGCGACGUGAAGGGGAAGAACGUCCUCGUCGGAGAAGGAGCCAACGGUUGCAUCUGCAAGCUCGCCGACUUCGGCUCGGCAAUGGAGUUCUCCGGCGAGGGGAUACCGGCGGCUUCCCCGCGCGGGAGCCCACUGUGGAUGGCGCCGGAGGUGAUACGCCGGGAGUUUCAGGGUCCGGCGUCGGACGUUUGGUCGUUAGGAUGCACGGUUAUCGAGAUGCUCACCGGAAAACCGCCGUGGGAGGGGAACUCCGUCGACGCGCUGAGUCGGAUUGGAUUCUCCUGCGAGGUGCCGGAGUUUCCUCAACGGUUAUCGGAGCUCGGCCGGGAUUUUCUGGAGAAGUGUUUGAGGAGUGAGCCGUGGCGGCGGUGGAGCUGCGAUGAGCUGCUGCAGCAUCCGUUUCUGUUACCGUAUGGUGAGAUCGUGGAAUCAUCGCCUCGGUGCGUUCUGGACCGAGUUGACUCGGAGUUCACUGAGUUCGAGGAGGAGGUGGAGGAGGAAGAAGAAGAAAUAAAAACUGAAAGUGAAAAUUGGGCGAGGGGUAGAAUUGGAAAAUUGGCUAUGAGAGUAGUGAUGAACUGGGAGACGCAAGGUUGGGUGGUGGUGAGGGAAUUGGGUUUCGAUGCGGAACCGGCGGUGGCGGUUGACAGUUGUGAGGACGUUAAAGAAGGGACGAGUUUGGAAAAUUUGGAGCUUUGGAGGGUAGAAUGGGGAAUUGGGAUGGGGACAAAUUGGGAAUGUUCAGGUUCGGAAGACGAAGGAAUAAAAUUGGCAACGUGGAAUUUGGGUUGGAGGCGUGGGUUGGUGCAGUGCAAGCCGUGCAGCAAGUGUGAGUGUGGGUGGAAAAAUGUGGAUAAGAAAAAAGGAAUAAUAUUGAAAAUGAAGGUUUACAAGUUGUACCGUAAAUUAUUGAAAUCACAUUGUUUGAUUUUGAAGUACUUAAAUAUAUAUUUAUGUUUUGGAGUUAUUUGUGUUGAUUACUUACUUUUGAUGGCAUUGUGA